AUGACUGCCUUUUUUACCAAGUCUUGUUCUCAAGCUUUCCUCAUCUUCCUGCUCACUUUUCCCUCCUUGUUUUCUCAUUCAAGCGGGGCCGGAAGCAUUGCAGUUUAUUGGGGCCAAAAUGGAAACGAGGGCACGCUAAUGGACACUUGUAACACAGGAAGAUAUGGCAUUGUCAUCAUAGGCUUCCUCUCAAAAUUUGGUAAUUUCCAAAAACCUGAGCUCAACUUAGCCGGUCAUUGUACCCCGGCGCUAAACAAUUGCCGGGGAAUAAGCACCGGCAUCAAAAUCUGUCAAAGUAACGGAAUCAAGGUGCUGCUUUCCAUCGGCGGUGGCCCAGGGCCAAACACAGACUACACACUCAAAUCAGAAGCCGAUGCAAACAACCUAGCAGACUACAUAUGGAAUAACUUCUUAGGGGGGCAAUCAAGCUCGAGGCCACUAGGCGAUGCUGUUUUGGACGGGGUGGAUUUCGACAUUGAGCAAGGUGAUGUCCACUAUGUUCCUCUCGCUAACAAGCUCGCGGCGUAUCGCCAACGAGGCGGAAAAGUCUUGCUAUCUGCAGCUCCGCAGUGCCCAUUUCCUGACCACUACUUAGAUACAGCACUUCACACUGGCCAUUUUGACUAUGUAUGGGUUCAAUUCUACAACAACCCCGGAUGUCAAUAUAGCUCUAGCAACCCCAAUGCCUUCAAGAGCGCAUGGAGCCAAUGGACCGCCAUUCCGGCCGGACAAUUCUUCGUGGGGCUUCCGGCUUCAACGGAGGUUGGCUCCGGUUAUGUGCCUCCAAAUGACCUGAUUACUCAGGUGUUACCUUUUGUUAAGAGCUCUUCUAAGUAUGGAGGUGUCAUGUUGUAUGAUAAGUUCAAUGACGACAAGACCCAAUAUAGCUCUAAAAUCCAUGACAAUGUGUAA